AUGACAUUUAAGAGGUGGGUUACGAAAUAUAAUGAACAAUCCGGCUCAGAAGGCUCAAAGGUUAAAGAUUAUGGACAACUUCAGUUUGCCGAUAAUGAUCGAAAAUCAUGGUAUAUUCGAAUUGGACUUCCACCGGAGCAGACAGAAUUACCUAGAGAUAACACCAAUCGUGACAAGAAACCUACAGAGCACACUCAUUCCCAACCAACAGUUCCAGAUAUUCUAGUGACUUCGUCAGAACGUCCAUCAGCACCUACAAUUGUACAACUAGAACCUAUUAAUCCAACGGAACAGUCAGUUCUUCCUUGUCAAACAUCUCUCGAGCAGCCACUGAAUACUUCUAAGAGUCGAAGAUCGACAACUGGAUCAAAUGUACUUAAACCUCCGAUGUCUUUUGCUCAAACAGUCAUACAGUUUAUGAUCGACGAAUGGAAAUUACAAACACCAAGUUUAAUUAUUACAGUUACAGGGGGUGGAAAAAGUUUUAAAUUUCCAAAUCCGAAAACAUAUAAUGAUUUUCAACGUGGAUUUGUUGCUGCUGCUGUAACAACGAGCAAGUCUAAUGCCUGGAUAUUUACGAACGGUCAGAGCGCGGGUAUAGUAAAGGUGGUUGGUGAUACGAUAGCCAAAUGUCGAUUUAAAAACACAAAAACCUCAUCACAAAUACCAGUAAUUGGUUUGUUUAGUUGGAAUGUUCUACCAGAUGCUGAUCAGUUAGAACAAGCUAGACUACUGGAAAACGUGGGAAAAGAUAACACAAGAGAUGUGGCGGAUCGUGUCAUAUUAUAUCGUGCUAAAUAUCUGUCAGAAAAUGAGACGGGAGGCGGUUCAUCAUUGGAUUCAAAUCAUACACAUUUCAUUCUGUUGGACCAGAAUAACAAAGAAUGGAACAGACGUACGGGAGAGUUUCUAGCUGCGAUUGAACAGGAAGCACGAAAACAAUUUAACACGGUGCCGAUGGUUCAAAUAGUGGCCAACGGCGGUCCACUGUCUAUUCUACGUGUUUGCAGACGAAUCAGAGCCGGAAUACCACUAGUCGUUAUUAAAGAAUCUGGAAGAGUAGCAGAUAUUAUUGCUGAAGAAUACGAAAAACUUUAUGGGAAAGGACCAGUGUCAGAUGAUGAAGUGGCAGCAGCACCUGAAUUUCAGACCAGUGAAGUAAAAGCAUUCAACAAUGCCAAAACCAAGAUUUCGUUAAUGAAAGAAUCAAAAUAUUACUUGGAGAAUAAACUAUACAAUGCUGAUAAAGAAAUAUUGAAGUUUUUCACCGAUGAGACGAAAAACCCGGAAAUGACGCAAACUAUUAGACGGGAAUAUGCUGAGAUGAUUACGUCAACCAAUGCAUAUUAUCUUAUAAAAAUAUUCCAGUUCCGAACGGAACACCAUGAAUAUAAAUUAAAUGAUGCCAUGCUCGAAGUACUUCUGAGAGAAAUCGAUAGCGCAAAGCCAUCUUCGGACGCCGCUGUGACCAUUGAAAACAGUGGCCGGGCCAACGGUCUGAGAAAACAAAACUGUCGAAAUGAAGAACUCAGAUUAGCAAUGGCCUGGAAUAAAUUUGAUCUAGUUAGCAAAAGUAUACUAAAUGACAAAACAAUAGUGGAAUGGAAAGAAAAUGAAUUAGAUCAAGGACUAGCAGAUGCAUUACGUCUUAAUUCCGUACAAUUCACUGAUUUAUUAAUUAAAUAUGGUGCAUCAUAUGAUAGAGUGAGAAGACUACUGAACUUGACUCAAACUUAUUUAGUUGUGGUAACUAACAAUCAUGGUGCAAUCGAUCUUAGCAAACCAAUGAAACAUGUUAAUCGAAUUGGCAUUGCAUCCGACAAAGGCAUUUUUCAUGAUACCGCACUAGUGAAAGUCGGUGAUCACAUUUCCUUUAGCAGAACUGAUUCAGCACGCAUGAAUGGUUAUGUUAGUAAGGUUUCAAUGAAGCUGUCCAUUGGACAGCGCGUACAUGCAGAAGAAGUAAAAAUGCUAUUAUACGUUAUAUCCUCAACGGAUGAUUCGACGAAAUUUAAUAUUCUUUCUCAAUAUUCCUUGCCGUUGGCUACGUCAAAGAGUGAUGGCACCACAGAAACAAUUGAAACUCCUUAUUCAGAUGUCUACUUAGAGAAGGGACAAUUUUUGGCCAUCGGGUUCGACAGUAAUCAUCUGAGUGAAUGUCGUUGUGCUACAGCUAAUCGUGUAACAGUUGUUGCCACUCUAAAGCAUGUGAACCAAGGUUAUAAAAACCAUGAGCCUGUUGAGUUCCAAGAAAAUAACAGCAUUGACUUUAGCUUUACGUUGGUACCAGUACACGAAUUUAUCCGAAAUUUAUUUCUUUGGUCUCUAUUCACAAGUCGGUAUGAGAUGGCAACCUUCUUAUGUUCCGAAACACCGAACACAAUCACAGCAGCACUUAUGGCCUGUAAAAUAUAUCGAAAAGCUUCUAAAUUAACACAUGAUUCGGAAGCAAUUGAUGACUACGUAGAGAAAUACAAGGAGUAUGAAAUACAUGCAGCAAAAAUUAUUGAUCGAUGUUUCGAAGAGGAUGAAGAUUUUGCUUUAGAACUAUUAACAACAAAAUCACAAUUGUAUCUAGGUUAUACUCCACUUCAGUUAGCUGAAGAAAAUCGUUGUCGAAGAUUUAUCUCAACAAAAACUGUCCAAAAAUAUUUAGACCGUCAAUGGUUUGGACACUUAUUUUACAUUGGAUUCUUGGGUUUAUUCAGUUAUGUGUUAUUAGUAGAAUAUUUUCCAUUAAAUAUUUAUCCUGGUGAUACACGCAGCGGUCUCUCUCACCUUCUGAUACCGAUAACAGAAAUAAUCCUUCAUAUAUUAAUCUGGGGUUUAAUUAUUGAAGAACUUAAAGAAAUUGUUAUACAAUUCAUUGAUAAAUCCCACCUUCCUGAUAAGCGAGAAAUCCAGUCUGCGACAAACAAAGUUGUCGAUGCCUCUGCAAUAAUAUUUUAUUUGAUUGCCUUUGUACUUCGCUUUUUUGUAAACGAGCAAAUAUUUCAAGUUUCAAAGAUAUUUGUGGCUAUCGAUUUAUGUUUUUGGUAUGUGAGAUUGUUACACUUGUUUGCAGCAUUUGAACGUUUGGGAGUGAAAUUACUGAUGAUAUUUGAGACAAUGAAAGAUUUAUUAUUUUUCGUCUGUUUCGUAUUAAUAUUUAUUUUCGCUUAUUCAAUUUCUACAUUUGCAUUGGUAACAACAAGCACUCAAGUUAACUGGUAUUCAGACAUAAUGAAUGGCAAUGGCGGUGGGCCAUAUGGGAAUUAUUCCUAUACGGUAGUAGAUAACGGCUGGAAUUGGAAUAUAGUACGAAAUGUAUUUAAUUGGGGUAUAUGGAAUGUGUUCGGUCAGGUUCAGUUGAUGAAUGUAUCACAAGCAGAUAAUUCUGAAUUGUAUGGAGCAACAAAUGAUGCCUAUGGUACAACAACAUUUAUCUUAACAAUCAUGUUUGUUUUCAUAGCCAAUGUUUUGUUGUUAAAUAUAUUAAUAGCCUUUGUUACGAUUCAAAGAGUACAAGAUAGUGCACAUAGCCAAUGGGCAUAUCAACGUUUUCUACUGGUUAGUGAAUAUAAAAAAAAAUCAGCAUUUCCACCACCAUUUGGUACAAUUCUUCAUAUUUCAUUUGCUGUCAUUGCACCAUUAUUGAUAUGGCUUAAAUGGCUAACAUACGAUAGACGUAACAGUAAGUGUAUGCCCUAGUCGACUUUCUUGCGAGGGCUUUCUUGCCCAAGAUCUUGCGCAAGAAAUGUCGCAAGAUCUUGCUUUCUUGGUGCAAGAAGUCUCUUUGAUUUAUGGUGACUAUUCUUGCUCUUAUUUCUUGGUUUCUUGCAGGGAAUCAACUAUCAGCAAGAAUGGCCAAGAAACGCAAUUUUUGCUUUCUUGCAGGGAAUCACCCUAGUAGAAUCCGCGCUUCAUUGCACGUCGCGAAGCCAUAGUAAUCUUGUCACAAUCUUGCCGGUUUCCAUUCUUUAACUAGAAGAGUGAGAAACAUUUCUAAC